CGAUUUUUUCUACCUCCUGCUGGGAGGGCUAAGCCGUAGGUGCAAUGCCCGCCUCGACUUCCAAGGAGCCGCAGAAUGUACCUCUGCCUCAAAGCCCUUCACCUAUGAAUGUGAGCCAACUGCCCUCGAAGAGGAAAGGAAAAGAGAAGCAGGCCACGGGAAUCAGCCAGAAAAGACGCGUCGCUCCGAAGUCUGUUGACACCCUGAACACCUGGAACACCUCGGAUGUCGACUUGGACUGGGGCUGGAUAUCAUUAGCGGACCCUUACACUAGUAAGGUACCACCUGUGUUCACUAAGGAUGGAAGUUAUUUUUUUUCGUUGGUUGGACCGCAUAUCAAAAUAUAUUCAGUUGCGACUGUGCAGGUCGUGUCGACGCUAUCAGCACCUCGGUCUACUUCUGGGGACGUCUCGUCGGAUUUGCUUACAUGCGCUAUCCUUAAUCCACAUAAUGCUUUCCAGCUAAUCACCGGCUCGCUGAACGGUCGUAUACAUAUUUGGGACUUUUUGGAUGCAAACCUACUAAAGACUAUAGACGUAUCCCAACCUAUCUAUCAUCUAUGCGCGCAUGAGAAGCACAAGGACGCCGUAUUUGUCGCCGUGGCCCGACCAAGUAAACAUAAAAGUAAAGAUGACAAUGCUGUUGUUUUACGGGUAUCACUCAAGACUGCCCCAGCUUCGAAACAGUCAUCUGUUCAGAAGUCUUCCGAGAUUUCACCUAUUGGCAAAACUCUUUUUCCUACUGGUCUAGCUUUUUCAGCAAGCGGCGAAUGGCUUGUGGCUACCGCUGGGCACAAAGCAUAUGUAACAUCACUCUCGUCUCCCAACCCCCAGUUUACCAAGUAUGUUUCCCCCGAGCGAUUGUGUUGUCUCGCCUUCCAUCCCUCCGAAGACUACUUUGCGACUGGAGACGGCAAGGGCAACAUUCGCUUGUGGUAUUGCCUCAACGAGCAAGUGAAUGUGAAGGCAGUAGGAGUUGAGAAGAAGACCCAGACUUCCAGUUUCCACUGGCAUGCUCAUCCUGUCGCAUCUCUUGCUUUUACGUCCAACGGUGCAUAUUUACUGAGUGGUGGAGAGGAGGCGGUAUUGGUCAUGUGGCAACUGGAAACUGGGAAGAAAGAAUUCGUUCCUCGCGUUGGCGCACCCAUCAGUACAGUGUCGAUUUCAAAAGCAGGCCACGAGGAGGAGUAUCUACUAGGCCUUGCGGAUGGCACGUAUCUCUUCAUUAGUGCUGCUUCACUCAAAAUAUCGAGGGGUUACUCGAGGAUACGGAUAGACCCUUCCGUCGUCCAAAGCGGGGCCUCGACCUCCAAAAUAACAGCGUCACCUAUAGUCUCGCACGCCACCACAUCGACGCUUAUUUUGCCAUCAUCCCACCCAUCAUCCUUACAGAUAUAUUCCCCAACAUCUUCUAAAUUCAUAUCUGAGUUAGAGGUAUCUCCGUCAAACAGAGUGGCUCGGAAGGAUGAAAAAGCCUUGGAACCAGCGAAGAUAGAACUUGUGGUGAUCACUUCUUCCGGCGAGUGGAUGGCCACAAUAGACCGGCGUGAGGGUGACGCCAACUCACACGGAGAAAAUUAUCUCAAGUUCUGGUGGUGGGAUCGAAAAGCCGGCUUCUGGAUACUGAACACCCGCAUAGAUCGUCCUCACGGAUUAAGUAAGGUCACUGAUAUAGCGUUCAGUCCGUCGCAGGAAUCGGCGUCAUUGUUACUUGUGACAACAGGUGAGGAUAAUAACAUCAAAACCUGGAGCAUUAGGACAUCCAGGGACGAAUCUGCCUCCGACUUUUGGGCGGUGCGUUCGACGUUUAGUUUUCGCUCGCAGACUCCAACAUGCGUAUCUUGGGCGCCCGACGCGUCACUUUUGGCUGUUUCCUUAGGCAUAUACAUUGUUCUCUAUGAUCCCAUUACAUGUACAUCCCAUCGCAUUCUCACAACCCCUGAGUGCCCUGAAGUUUCCUCAAAUUUCUUUGUUGGUACUUCCGGACGAUACCUGGCUGUCGUGGGCGGUCACGACCUUGCACUUUGGGACCUCGUACUCCAGUCUGUCCGCUGGCAUUACCGGUGUCCUUCCCCAAUAAAGACUGUAUUACCACUUCAGGAUUCUUUCGUUGUCUUGUUGGAGGCCGUUACAAUCACGUAUGCGUGCAUCUUCUCGCCGUUAUCCUCGGCACCUUCCCGCAGUCUUAAGUUGCCGUUUACACUUCGCGGGAUUGCUUCCUACACUCCUACGAACUUCGUGGGCAUCACGAAGGACUGGAGUGUGGUAGUCUUUGGUGACAACGUAUCGGCGAUAUCCGAGGAAGGCUCAGCAGCACGCGGUAUCCCCACGUCGUCAGUUCCCCAGGCACGCACCCUUUUCCAAGACAUCUUUGGAAAAUCUGCUUUUACCCCUCAAACUUUCACAAACCGACCUUCAUCUGCCGCUAUUUCAGCUUCCUCGAAGGUCCGAAGCCUGUUUGAUGGUCCGUCAUAUUAUAUGCCCCCGCUGGAGAGUCUAUUCGACGAUGUUAUGGACGACUUUCUCAAGCCUCGGCAAGUGAAGAUGGCGAGCAUUUCAGAGGAUGACGCAGACGUGGGUAUGGAUGUUGACGAGCCUGCGGAUGUACCACCUGCAGUAGUUCGUCGGAAACUGGUCGUGAACGAGGAAGAAAUGGGAAUGUUUGUUGACCUCUUCAAGGCCCAUGCCCUGAAACCGAAAUCCCAUCCACAGCUCCCCCCUGCGCGUAAAGCUACCGCAAAUGGCGUCUCGAAACCGAGGACGAACGGGCACUCCACCCCCAAAAAGCCUUCAGUCAAGGUCUCUCCUAACAUCAUCCCACAAGCCCCUACAUCCAGUUCUCCUCUUCCAGCCACGAAUGGCAAAAAGCGUAAAAUGGUGUCCGACUGACACUAAAGCGUUUUUCUUCACAUGCGCAUACUACACAUCAAUUAUAGCACUUGCAUUAUCUAUACUGUUUUCUGUGAAUAAUAGUUGUUCCUUCAAACUGGCCUAUAUCGCUCAUAUGUGCGAAGGGUAUCUUUAUACAUGUUGAUAGUAUCUCAAGGUGCCACACGGUU